AAUAAACAAACAAACAAAUACAUUUAUAAAAAAAUAAACAAAUAAAUCAAUGAAAAAAAAAUGUAAGUAAACAAAUAAAAAUAAAUAAAUGAAUAAAUAAAUUACAGUAAAACUCUACCAGGUGGGCAAUUUUUCUUACAUAUUUUUAAAAGGAUGAUAGGACUAGCAGCUCAACGAAUAGUUAAUACAAUGUUUCCCAACUAGGGUGAGUCGAGCAUGCUGGGAGUUGUAGUUUUGCAACAUCUCAACGCACCCUGGUUGGGAAACGUUGGGUUAAUAGAAAGAAAGAUGAAGAAGUAGCAGGGCGUGGACGAGUCCCCUUGACAUAUACAGCACUGGAAAGGGGCGGGGUUAAGAGUGGGUUACUGGGAUGUGGGCGGAGCCACAUCAGGAAGGCUGAAUCUAAGGGGCCUGUGGGGGGGAGAAAGGAGAGCGAGGUAGAAGAAUCAUCUGGACGAAGGUGGAGGAGACACCGGAGAACGUCAGGAUGGAUCCAGAACUAAUGAAGAAUUUAGCGAAGGAGAUGGAGAACAUGAUCAUCAAAAUGGGGGAGAUCCAGGGCGUCCCCCUCCCUGAUACCACCUGCGAAAUCUGGGACAAGAUCUACAACUUCCAGGCGCGAGAAGACGAUAUCUUGGUCGCUACGUUCCCUAAAGCCGGAACCACAUGGACGCAGGAGAUCGUGGACCUAAUCAUGCUAAACGGGGACGUGAAGAGGAGCAUGCGGGCCCCGUGCUUCAUCAAGGUGCCCUUCAUAGACCUACAUCCAAAGCCCAUGCCAUCAGGAGUGGAGGCCGCGGACGCCAUGGAGUCACCACGUCUCCUAAAAACUCAUCUUCCCAUACAGCUGGUGCCGCCAUCUUUUUGGGAGAAGAACGUCAAGGUCGUUUAUGUUGCCCGGAAUGCCAAGGACUGCAUGGUCUCCUACUUCUACUUCCAGAGGAUGAAUAAGGCUCUGCCGGAUCCUGGGACCUGGAAUGAAUACUUCUCUAUGUUCCUGAAUGGAAAAACUCCUUGGGGGAGCUGGUUUGACCAUGUCAUCGGAUGGUGGAACGCAAAAGACAAACACCAGAUUCUCUAUGUCUUCUACGAGGACAUGAUCGAGGACCCAAGGAGAGAAAUAAGAAAAAUAUCAAACUUUCUGGGCAAGGACCUGACAGAGGAGGUUUUGGACACCAUUCAACACCACACAUCAUUCGACGCCAUGAAGGAGAACCCAAUGACCAACUUCAGUGUUCUGCCCUCAUUUGUAUUUGAUCAGUCCAUCUCACCCUUCAUGAGGAAAGGUAAAGUUGGUGACUGGAAGAACCAUUUCUUGGUGGCCCAAAAUAUUGUAUUUGAUGAAGAAUACAAGAAGAAGAUGGAGGGGAGCGGCCUGAACUUUCGCACUGAGCUAUGAGGAAAACUAGACUUUUAUUACAUAUAAGACAAGUCACCGCCACCAUCUCCAGGCUAAGGGAAGAAAGACUCAGCCAGGGAAUGUACUUCUCUAUGGGGAAUCUAGGGGAUGAGUGGAAGGGGUUCCCCAAAAAGCUAUUCUUUUUAGGGUCCUUCCUAAAAAAUGUGUUUCAUGUAAAAAAUAAAAAAAAAUAAAAAAAAUGAAUUAAAACAUGUGACAAAAAAGUGAAGCAAAAAAAAAAUGUUGAAUAAUAGUAUUACAAAAAUAUGUGAGAAAUGAUGGAAAAAUAUAUAGCUGAUAACAUCACACACAGGGAUACAUAGUGAAAAAUCAUUAAAAAAAGAUAUAGGUGAAAUAAAUUAAAUAAAAAGCAUAAAAAAGGAGAGGACGGAAUUGCCAAGAAAGAGUCUACGAGAAGAAGAUGAUGUCUCCAGGCUACUGAUGUAGAAAUCUCAGAUGACUUGAUAACAAGCGGUUCCUACAAGACAAAAGAUGAAAACAACAGAUAAAAUGCAAAAAAGUAAUAAAACCAAUGGGAGGAAAUGAAGAACAAAUAGGAUGUAAUCUCCUACCGGGGUCAAUGAAAAGUUACAAAAAUUAAUAAAUAUUUUCAUGAAGACCCACAUCUAUUCAGUCUCGCGUCGUGCCAAAAUCU